AUGGUCGGUGAAGAAAUUGAGCCAGUUGUGUUUCAACUGUGUGGUGAGACACCAAAGGACCUGAGUGAAGCCAGGGACAUGGUCAACAGUUUGAUAUUACGGGAGCAUGUGACCAUCCCAAUCCAUGAUCCAGCCAUUGCUCAUUUCACUAGGGAGGAUGUAGAAACACUGAAUGCCAUGCAGAGAGAGCUCACAGUCAGUGUCCGGCUUGAGAAGAAAGGCCAAGACUCUGUCAUCACACUGGAGGGCCUGACAAGAGACAUUCAGAUUGCAGACAGUCGCAUUCGGGACAUGAUCAGAAAGGUGGAAAGGAAUGAAAUCCGAAGAAGUGACGCGUUUUUAAUCAGCAGUGUAGUUAGUUGGCAAUAUCAGGAGAAUGGACGCAGCCCCAAAACCUUUGAUAUGUUGACCAAUUAUGAGCUGGAACAGGCCUUUCAGAAGAGACAGCCUACAGUGAGAAUCAAGAUUAAUAAUGAUGAAUAUGAGGCUAAUUUAGCUCGCAAUGAGGCCACAAGAAGAGGAAUAAGGAUUGAACUGAACAGAGUAGAUCUGCAAGCUGCUGCUCAAAGCCCUUUGCCUUCACACUGGAAGGACAUGAAAGGACAGGCAGUUGUUCUUGUAAAACUCACAGCAGGCUCAAAGGAAUAUGCAGAAGUGGAGAAGGAGUUCAGGAGAACCAAUCUAAACUCUAAAAUAACUGAAAUUGAAAGAGUUCAGAACAACGCACUUUGGAAAAACUACAUGAUAAAAAAGGAGGAACUGGAAGACAAAAACAAGCACAAAAACAAUGAAAAGCGUCUCUUCCACGGCACUGGCCCUGAUAAGACAGAUCAGAUCAACAAUCACGGCUUCAAUCGCAGCUUCGCUGGCAUGCAUGGAGCCAUGUAUGGGAAUGGAACAUAUUUUGCUGUGGACCCAAGUUACUCAGCCCAAGGCUACUCUGCACCUGAUGCCAAAGGACACAAACGCAUGUACCUUGUCAGGGUGCUUGUUGGCGAUUUCACUCAAGGAAAAAGAGGCCUUCCUGUUCCCCCUGCGAGGAGCUCCAAUAGUGCUGAUCUCUAUAACAGUGUGACUGACAACAUGAGAAACCCAACCAUGUUUGUGAUCUUCAAUGAUGUACAGGCUUAUCCAGAAUACCUAAUCACCUUCCAGUAAUGAUUAUGAGAUUUAAGUGUUUUGUCAUCUAUUGUUUUUGUUGUUGUCUUACAUGGAUUUGCUGAAGCUGAACACACCGCGGGUAUAUAACCUAUGCAAUUUUUGAGAGAAUUACAGAAAUGAUUACAAUGUAGGCAUG